UGUGUCCCUCACAAAAACUGAACUAAUUGGCAGCCCAACUCGCCUGUGUGAAGCAACCGCGGCGAGAAGCAAAGGAGGAGGCGCGAUCCGAAGGCGAAGGCCAGCUGAAGCCAUGGAGCGGCUCCAGAGAAUCUUCAGCGGCGCGACCGGGAUGGGGCAGCCGGGGACCGACUCGCCGCUGCUCGACUCCUCCGAGCAGGUCUACAUCUCCUCCCUCGCCCUCCUCAAGAUGCUCAAGCACGGGAGGGCCGGCGUGCCCAUGGAGGUGAUGGGCCUGAUGCUGGGCGAGUUCGUCGACGACUACACGGUCAGGGUGGUGGAUGUCUUCGCCAUGCCGCAGAGCGGGACCGGGGUCAGCGUCGAGGCCGUCGACCACGUCUUCCAGACCAACAUGCUCGACAUGCUCAAGCAGACCGGAAGACCUGAAAUGGUGGUAGGCUGGUACCACUCGCAUCCUGGAUUUGGUUGCUGGCUUUCAGGAGUUGACAUCAAUACUCAGCAGAGUUUUGAAGCGUUAAACCCCAGGGCAGUUGCUGUUGUGAUAGAUCCCAUCCAGAGUGUCAAGGGGAAAGUGGUCAUUGAUGCAUUCCGUCUCAUUAACCCUCAGACCAUGAUGCUUGGCCAGGAGCCACGGCAGACAACAUCGAAUGUUGGGCACCUAAACAAACCAUCUAUUCAGGCACUUAUUCAUGGGCUGAACAGGCACUACUACUCUAUUGCAAUCAACUACCGGAAAAAUGAGCUUGAGGAGAAGAUGUUGCUGAACUUGCACAAAAAGAAAUGGACAGAUGGGUUGAUUAUAAAGAAAUUCGACACCCACUCAAAGACCAACGAGGAGACUGUUCAGGAAAUGCUUAGUCUGGCCAUCAAAUAUAACAAGGCAGUGCAAGAGGAGGAUGAACUGCCGCCUGAGAAACUGGCAAUAGCAAAUGUCGGGCGGCAGGAUGCAAAGAAGCACUUGGAGGAGCAUGUCUCGAAUUUGAUGUCAUCGAACAUAGUCCAGACCCUAGGGACCAUGCUCGACACAGUGGUCUUUUAGUAGUCGUCGUUCCAACUCUAUAUACAGAACUGUCUGUUAUUUUUGUUGGUCAGUCUGUCAUAAUGCAGUGAGGCAGUGUUAGAUUUUGUUUGUCUGGUGUAGCACCAUGCGGCGAGACUAUCUUCUGUAUGGCAUACCGUUAAUCUACUAGUCCUAUUAAUUAAAGGAAACACUUCCCGUCA